AUGUCAGCCAAAUAUUCAGGUCGUGCGCAUGCUGUAAAAGUGUUUCAAGAGCUGGCUCAGCUUCUACCUGAUGCCGAUAAAGACAGAGUUCACAUCGUCUUCUUGCAGGCAUCUCCUAGCAUUUGCCGGGACGAUACAGAUCGUGAACUACCUUAUCAUCAAGAAGCGAAUUUCAAUUAUCUCACAGGUAUCAUUCAAGCUUCAUGCUCUGUAGCCGUUACUGCGUUCCUUCCAGCUUCUUCCGACAUCUCAAGCGUAUCUCACCAUCUCUUCAUCCCACCUGCAGAUCCAGAAGAGACUAUGUGGUCUGUGCCUCCUCCCUCUCUCGAUGAAGCUCGAGCUUUGUAUGACUCCGACUUGAUAGAGCAUACAACAGCACUGCCUGCGCAGCUAGGGGAGAUAAUUAGGUCGUCCCGCAAUCAAGGUUUAAGCGAUGUGAUCCUUCACACACUACCCCGCACCAUGGAUCACCCAGCGUUACCGUCUUUUCUAGAUGAAACAGAAGGAAUCUCCAUCUCCACAGAUCACCUGCUCACCGCUUUACACAUUGCUCGGAUGGUCAAGGAUGAUACAGAAAUUCAAUUGAUCAAGAGAGCAAAUGCAAUUUCAAGUGGUGCACACGAAGUUGUCAUGCGGGAGCUAGGGAAUUUCGCCGCACGACGAGCAAAUGGCGAGGGAACGCAGAAUGUGCGUAGCGGUGUUGAAGGUCUGAAAGAAUGGGAAAUUGAGUCAGAAGCAGACGCCGAAGCGGUCUUCGUUGCCGCUUGUAGACGAAUGGGAGCAAAUCAAGCCUACCUUCCUAUCGUCGCAAGUGGCUCUAGAGCUAGCACCCUUCAUUAUGUUUGCAACGAUCGACUCUUCCCAUCUACUGCUGUGCCUCGAUAUCCAGAUGACCAGUCCUUCACCCCUCCUCAGCUUGCUCGAGGCUGUUGUGGGGCUCUCGCUCCUGCGCAUGCGCAUGAGAGUCCACCUACUUCUCCACACGGUAAAGCAUUUUCCCCUCAAGUGCUGCUCAUCGAUGCCGGAUGUGAAUGGCAAGGUUACGCCUCGGACAUUACUAGAACGAUACCUGUUGGCAAUGGAGGCAGAUUCACAAAAGAAGCUGGAGAGGUGUACGAGCUAGUCCUGCGGAUGCAAAAGGAAUGCGAAGCUCUCGUCAAACCUGGCAUUCACUGGGAUACCCUUCAUUUACACGGUCACAGAGUACUCAUUGAUGAAUUUCUCCAUCUUGGAAUUUUGAAGGGCGAUCCGGUACAGAUACUGCAGAGCGGAAUAACAGCGGCCUUCUUUCCCCACGGUCUAGGCCAUUCGCUUGGAUUAGACGUCCAUGAUUCCCGACAGUAUCUCAAAUCAGUCCAUGAUUCCAUUCCUACUACUUCCAACAGCACUCCGGCACAGCUAUAUGCAUACCUACGGAUACGUCGACCUCUUGUCAAAGGAAUGGUCCUCACUGUAGAACCAGGAUGCUAUUUUGCUCCUCAGCUCAUGGAAAAGCAUGAUGUAUGGACAAGUGAGUUUGUGGAUCAGGAGGUACUAAGACGUUACGUUGGAGUUGGUGGCGUUCGGAUUGAGGAUGUGGUUGUGGUGACUGAUGAUGGGUCAGCCAAUCUGACCACCGUUGGCAGGGAGCGCAAGUGGAUCGAAGGUGUCUGUUCUGGUACGUUGUAA